AGAGAAAAAAAAAAACAAAAAAAACUCCCAUGCAUCGGAAUGGUAAAACGAGUGUGCAUGGAUGACCCUGGUACGAUGUGGAGUAGCUGAAGUUGAAGAAAGAAGAUCACUGGCUUUGUAAUAUACACAUUUGAACCUCGUGUGUCGCAAAUCAAAGUGUAAAUAGAUCUGCAUUAGCUGCGGGGCAGGUCAGGACUCAGUGACUGAUGGAAACAGAGAGGAGGAAAAAGGGGAAAUCUCUUCGCUCAAGCAAAAGCCGGGGCAACAUUUAACGCUUCUUUUCUUGUAUUCGGGUUGGAAUGUAGUUUGUCGUCGUUCGGUGGACCAUGUAGUAAGUGUUCGUGCUCGCACGUAGUAUGAUAUUGAGUCCAGAUAUGUCUAAUGUAUCGCCGAGUAAAAGCGUGGAAUGGCUGCAACUCGAGUUAGAGUCCGGAGGCACUUCUCUGCUCCUGCUGGACUGCCGUUCACAUGAGCUUUAUGAAUCAUCCCACGUAGAGACCGCCAUAAACCUGGCUAUACCGGGACUGAUGCUCCGGAGGUUCAAAAAGGGGAACAUACCUAUCCGGACUAUCAUCCCCAACCAUGAGGAUAAAGAGAAGUUCAUAAGACGGUGUAAGACGGACACGGUCGUCCUGUACGAUGAGUGCACGGUGGACUGGCAGGAGUGUGAAGAUCCGGCGUCGGUUUUGGGUUUACUUCUUCAAAAACUAUGGGAGGACGGCUGUAAAGCGUAUUACCUGGAAGGUGGAUUUGUAAAGUUCCACACAGAGUACCCACUACACUGUGAGACCCUCCUAGACAGCUCCUGUCCCAGCUCCUCUCCUCCACUACCAGUCCUGGGUUUUGGAAAUCUUCGGAUCAGCUCAGAUUGUUCCGAUGGGGAAUCUGAUCGAGAGCCGAGCAGCGCCACAGAGUCUGAGGAGAGCCCCAUCCCCAGCAACCAGCCUGCCUUCCCUGUCCAGAUCCUACCCUACCUUUACCUGGGCUGUGCCAAAGACUCCACUAACCUAGACAUGCUGGGCCAGUACAACAUCAAAUACAUCCUGAACGUCACACCCAAUCUCCCCAACAUGUUUGAGCAUGACGGCCACUUCAGGUACAAACAGAUUCCCAUUUCGGACCACUGGAGUCAGAACCUGUCCCAGUUCUUUCCAGAGGCCAUAGCAUUCAUAGAUGAGGCUCGGUCGAAGCAGUGUGGCAUCCUGGUCCACUGCCUCGCCGGCAUCAGCCGCUCAGUCACAGUCACCGUGGCUUACCUGAUGCAGAAACUCCACCUCUCCCUCAAUGACGCUUAUGAUUUUGUCAAAAGGAAGAAGUCCAACAUUUCCCCAAACUUCAACUUCAUGGGUCAGCUCCUGGACUUUGAGAGGAAGCUGGCGAUGCACAGUCCCUGUGAUAACCGUUCCACCAGCAAGGAGCAGCUCUUCUUCACCACGCCAACAAAUCACAACGUCUUCCAGCUAGACACUCUGGAGUCAACAUGAGGAUUGAUUGGACUGCCUUUUUGUUGUUGCUUCCUGUGGUGUCUUCUUAAGGUUUUCUGAGUCUGUCAGAUGCCUAACUAGCUGACACAAGCAGUAAGUCAGUUACAGUGUUUCUGCACCAGGAACUACAUUGAUCUCUUAAAGGAACAGAGCCCCCAUGUAGACUCCAUUAAAUCCAGUCUCAAUGCCUUAAUACCUAACACGAGGAUGAAUUUUGCUAUCCACCAUACAUGGCAUUAAUCAGUGGUCAUGUACAGCCAUAACAGCAGGACAUUUCAUAACUUUUCUAUUAAAUCUACGAUUGUUGUAUGACUGUUAUUUGUUAUUCACCAGCUGUAAAGUGGAUGUUUAUGUAUUACUUUGUAUCUGUUAUGAUUAUUGCCUUCACGGUCUAAACGGAGUCUUUGGCCAAUCAGAAUGUUUUCUGGGGACCAAUCUGAGAUGUUUUGAUGGUACUCUAGCUGAGGGAAAUAAGCUACUACAGUGAUCCGGCCUUCAAUUAUUGUCCUUUUUCUUUUUUUUGCCACAAAAAGCAUGUUUGUUUAUUUCUCCUGCUUUCACUCCGAAUACCUUCACUAACGUCUGGUGAACACCAUGAUGUUAAAUAGUUAUUCUUUAAAUACACGAUCAAGCGUCUCUUUCGGCGAAAUAUCAAAGGUAAAACAUGUUAUUCUUCAGAAACGCUCCUGUACAUUCUUUUGCUUAUAGCUGCAUUAUUUGCAUGUGAUUAUGUUCUACCAAGGACCUUGUUUUGUAACCUUUAGGUCAUAUUGCCUGUUGUUGAGGCCUUGACCAUACCUUUACACGAAUUGAACUCUAUGUCAGUUACCAGGUUGAGGUAUAGUGUAUAGGACUAGCUUUUGCAGCGAUUAAAAGGAACAAAUGUGUAAGUAAUCGGUGUAUAAAGGAAUGGAUGUUCACCAUAUUUUUUACUCUGACAGUCUUCUGUCUGCAGCUACUCCUUCUAUGGCACAAUAAUGUUAAGGGAAACACGAUGUAUAAUUAGCUGUUCUCUAUUGCCAGUCUCGUCUCAGAACAAAUGAGUGAGUCCGAUGUAUGAGAGGGAGUGAAAGGAAAUGAGUUUGACAAAUGUGUUCUUACCUCACAGAGAGACAUUUUCAGGGAUUUUUAUACAAGGCAUCUGUAUAUCGUCAUGGCCUCAUAAGGUGCAUCCAAGGGCUGUUUUGUUUGGUAUGUUUGUAAAGAUGUACAUAAAAUGUGGUUGUGAUGGGGGGACAUUUUCUCAAAAUCAUGAAGGAUGCGAAUGUCACCCUAUUUUGACCCUUAUGUAUAGUAUAUGUAAAGCUAAAUGUCCCAAGACAUUCUGUACAAGUUUAUACAACAAAUAUAUUGUAUAUUUUUACUUGAAAA